UUUCAGCGACCGACGACCAGUCAGAGGAAGGAUGAGGAGCGGAGAAGGAGGCGGCUUGCGUUACCCUUAAGUUUUGUAAAUUUUCUUCGUUGUUUGAACGGUCCACUGCAAUGUCUGUCAAACACAGCUGCUCUUUAUUCGACACAUUUUCAACCGGAUAUUCCCGAGUUGGCGCUUGGAUUAACGUUGCUGCUCCUGUUGUGUUUUUGUAGGUGACAGUCAAUCAAACAAUUCAUCUGAUCGGUCAGGACGGGUUCAGUUUCUGCGGACAGAUUAUUUGUCGACUUGUUUCUCAUUUUGGGAGCUGUGUGCCAACGUUUCGACUUGUAACUAGCAGCCGGCGCAGCAAGUAGUCACACUUGACUGGAAGUGGAGGCUGAGACGCACACGUGUUAUCCUCCUUCCUCCGGCAGCACCGAGAUUUAAACACACUCGGGAUAAAGUAGUUUUUCUGUGGGAUUUCGUUUAAAACACGGACGACGGCGUGGCAGACAACAUGUCGCUAAGCAGAAGUAUAGAAUUUGAACACUUUGAGGAACGAGAGAAACCUCAGCGGACACCGAGGACCAACUCAGGCUCUGGGUCCCAGUCUGGCUCCAGAGGCAACGGUCUGGUCCCCAGCCCGGCGCACAGUGCGCACUGUAGUUUUUACCGCACACGCACUCUCCAAUCCCUCACUUCCGAGAAAAAGGCCAGAAAAGUGCGGUUUUACCGCAAUGGGGACAAAUAUUUUAAAGGUUUGGUGUAUGCAAUUUCUAACGACCGGUUCAGGUCUCUGGAUGCUCUGCUCAUGGAACUCACACGGUCCCUGUCUGACAAUGUCAACCUUCCUCAAGGAGUCCGGACGUUAUACACGUUGGAUGGAGGCAGGAAGAUCACCAGUCUGGAUGAGUUAGUAGAGGGUGAGAGCUAUGUGUGUGCAUCAAAUGAAUCCUUCCGCCGUGUGGAGUACACCAAGAACGUUAACCCCAACUGGUCCCUGGGCAGCAAGACCGGCACAUCGCGCUCCCUCUCCUCUCUCAUCCCGCUGAAGAGUGAGUUGCAGCGUGAGUCCAAGGACUUUAUCAAACCCAAGCUAGUCACGGUCAUCCGCAGCGGUGUCAAACCCCGCAAGGCAGUACGGAUACUGCUCAAUAAGAAGACCGCACACUCCUUCGAGCAGGUGCUCACCGACAUCACAGAUGCAAUCAAGUUGGACUCUGGGGCCGUGAGGAGACUGUACACGUUGGAGGGCAAGCAGGUUUUUGUGCAGAUGAAAGAAAAAAGACUCUUCAGAGCGUCAAAAGAAAGGAUUUCUCCCAUAUUUAAGGCAGAUGGACUCAAAUAUAAUGACUGACUACUGAUUUGUUUUACUUGGUAGAUGCAGCUGAAUGAAACUGCUGUUUAGUCAGUGGAUUUAAAAGCUCACUGUUAUGAUAAUAACAAAAAACAUUUGAAAUAUUUAUUUGUGUGUAUGUAUUAAUCUUAAGUGGUGGAAAGAGGGGGUGGGAUCCACGGGAGAGCUUUUCCAGGAGUGAAAGUUGGGAGAAUUCCCUUUUAGCUGUUUUUGGCAUGGUUUCUAAAGCGUGUUUAUGAAACAAAUAUAAUUAAUUGUUAUGCUUGAAUGCACCACAUAUCCAGCUGUGGCAUUGCAGGGUCCCGGGAACCAGUCCCCAGAGCAAAACCCAAAGUAGCAUUACAGUGUCAGUUACAGCGUUGUCAUUGCUACUGGCUACAGUUGUGCUGGAAUUUGUGGUGAUGUUGAUAGGGACGUGUUGUGUGUAUCUGAGGAAUGAGAUACUGCGUCCGAAGGGACACCGUAAACUCACUGCUGACGCACCCUAUUUUUCCUGUGAUUAUGCUAACGUUACAUUGUGAACAAUAAAGCCAUGUUAAAAUCAUAGAAA